CCUUCCCCCCAACGCUCUUGGGCAACUUCCGACCACCCCUGACCCUCAGGUUUCCCAUCUGCCAAGGGGCUUAGGAACAGUGCCUACCUUGUAGGCUUAUCGUGAGGGUUCAGUGAGCUGAUACUUGUGAGGUACUUCGAACAGUGCUCAAUAAACGUUAGCCACUGUUGUUGUAUUAUUUGAGCUUUUAAAGCUGUUAUUAUUGGAAAGGUGCUCAGGCACAGUGCCUGACUAACAAGCUACAUGUUUUGGGGUUGGCUACUCAGCUUCCCUAUGCUCUGGUGUCCUCACCUGUGAAAUGACUGUAUAAUAACAGUGCCUACAUCCUAGGGUGGCUUUUAGGAUGUAGUGAUGCUCCCUGAUCAUCUAAGACUUAAUAGUUGUAGAACACUGCCUGGUAGGGAUCAAGGAUCCAUAGAGGUGAGCUAUUGUCAUCAUUAUCUGUAAUUAAAAGUUUCACCCAAAGAAUGCCAUGCAGGUUUCAUUUUUUUCUCUUCUAGUCUACAAGAGAUGAUCAUAACCAAAUUGAGUUUCUCCUACUAGAGGCAUGGGCCACAUUUAAAUGAAUUGUCCCAGGGCUUUAUCUCAGAAGAUGGCCUGUAAUCAGGCACCGUGCUCCUGGGACCUAUCCAGCUCCUCAGCCUGACGUUUGAGCCCCACCACCCAGACCUGGACUUGCCAAUCAGCCUUGUUCCUUCCAGUCACUGGUCUUAGCCCUUACCUAAGACAACUAGGUUCUCCCACUUCCCAGGGACACAAAAAGGACAGUGUAAAAUCUUUCCCACAUGCCAGGCAGACCAUGUUCCUCUCUCUUCUCAGAACUUCCUCUUGGUUCCCCAGUGCCUUCAGCAUGGCUUAUGAAUAGCCAGGGAAUAGCUAGCCUGGCCUGAGUCUAACCACAGUCCUUCUUGCUUUUUGCUCUCUGGCUGCCUGGUGCCCCUCAAUUUCCCUAAGAUCAUGUAUUUCCUCCCAACCCAAGCCCUUUGCAUCUGACGGUCUCUCUGCCCCACCUCCACCUCAGACCCUGAGUACAAAUACCCCUUCCCUUGAUGCCUCACCUUUCAACUUAAGUGCUGCCUCCUACAGGAAGCCCUCCUUGACCAUCGGCUGGACCUCAUUCCUCUUGCUGUUCUUGCUCACGGGAGCUCUACUUUCCAGCUUCACUGACCCUCUUUCACUUCCUCACAGGAACGAGAUGUCUUCUUUCCUCCCCAGUGGUGACGUUGCAUGUGUGGUUUUCCCUGCCUGGAACACUCUCUUCCACCUAACAUUUCCUUCAAGUUCCAGUUCACACAUGUCCCUGCUUCUAGGAAGCCUUGCCUGAUCACCCAGGCUUUGUGAGGCUUUCAGAGCUUCAGCGCUUCCUGUACUCCCCCAUCUCGCCCCCGAUUACACUGUGCUUUCCCCGUCCCAGCCCUCAGCCCUCUGCCUGAGCUGUCCCUGUCACAACCCUGAUCAUUUCUGGGCUGUCACUGUCUGAUGCCAUGUGAGGGCGGAGCCCAGGGCUGUCUCAGCCAUUACUGUGAGUCUCCUGCCCCACUAGCCCAGGGUCCUGUAGGUAAUUUGUGAAUACCGAAUGAUUGAAUGCAUGACUAAUGUGCUUCUCACCUUGCCGCCACCGUGUUACCUGUUUCACAUGUACGUGGGUUUCCGAGCUGGUGGGGGCAUUGGGGACGAGUUUGAGGACUCAGCAGGUGAUGAAUAUGAGCUGUACCGGGUGGUCUUUGACAUCACCUUCUUCUUCUUUGUCAUCGUCAUCCUGCUGGCCAUCAUCCAGGGUCAGUGCUGGUCGGGGUUGUGGGAGUGGGGAUGCCCAGAGGCAGACUAGCUCCUCUGAGAUUGCAGGCCUGGGAUCUGGUCGACCUGGCUCUGUUUCUCCCUACUGUGAGACUUUGGGCAAGUUACCUCUCUGAACCUCAGUUUCUCCAUCUGUAAAAUGGGGAUAUUAAUUAUACUAGUCUUAUAGGGUCGUUGUGAGAAAUAAGUCAAUUCAUAUGUAUUAAGGGUCUCAUGCUAAGUGCUCAAUAAAUGCUAGGUAUUAUUUUCGAGCAGCAGGGUGAGAUUAGGGAGAUGAGAGAUUAGGGAAUGGGAGGCAAGGCUCAGAAGGGGGUAGCCAGAAGAAGGAGCAGUCUGAAUUUGGUCAGAGAUUAGGCACUGACUUGCACCCGGCCUCCCCAGGUCUGAUCACUGACGCUGUUGGUGAGCUCCGAGACCAACAAGAGCAAAUGAGGGAAGAUAUGGUGACCAAGUGCUUCAUCUGCGACAUCAGCAUCGGCAGCGAUGACUUUGAUACGACACCGCAUGGUUUCGAGACCCACAUGCUAGAGGAGCACAACCUGGCCAAUUACAUCCCUUCCAACCCCAGGUUUUUCUUGAAGUGUCUGAUAAACAAGGAUGAGACAGAACACACAGGUCAGGAAUCUUAUGUCUGGAAGAUGUACCAAGAGAGAUGUUGGGAUGUCUCCCCUGCUGGUGAUUGUUUCUGCAAGCAGUAUGAGGACCAGCUUAGCUGAGACACCCACAGCUGGCCCUUCACUCCCACUUCAAGUGCCGUAUUCUUACAGCAAGCCCCUUAGUCCCCAAAUCCCUCCUCCCAGGGCCGCUGGGGGAUAGGUGACCAUGUGCUGUAGAAAUAAAGUCUGUGCUACAUCCCUGACGUUGUACUGGAUCGUUGAAUUUGUGGGGUGGGGGUCUGUAGGCAUCCAGGAAUUCGGCCCUCCUCCCCUCCCCCCAGAAAACCA